CAAAAAUCACAACAUAAUACAAAUAACAAGAAAACAAGAUACACCUAUCCCUUUGGCUAAACACUUGCACCAUGGCUCAAGCAACUUCUUGUUGCUGCAAAUAUUUAGCAAAUAAACACCAAGCAACAAACAUUGAUAGAUUGACCCAAAUUACUGUUAAGAGAAGAUUUCUUCUAUCUUCUACUGCUUCUUGUUUAUUAGCUGUUGCAUCAACUGAUCAAGCCCUUGAUAGCAGAACUGCUCUCCUUCAAAAAUAUUUGAAGAAAUCUGAGGAGAAUAAGGCUAAGAAUGAUAAAGAGAGAAUGGAAGACUACUACAAGCGUAAUUACAAAGAUUACUUUGGAUUUGUAGAAGGCACAUUACAGGCAAAGGAUAAAGAACAACUUUCUGAAUCUGAAAGAGGCAUUCUUGAAUGGUUGCAAAAGAACAAACCACACUACUGCAUCAACGUAGACAAGACUCAAGAAAGCGAAUGUAGCAGUUCAACUUGCAGAUGAUGUAACCCGACUCUCUAACUGCUGUGAAUCAGACCACAUCAUCAAUGUAGACAAGAGAGCGAUUGUAGCUGUUUCAACUCGCAAACGAUGUGGCCCAAGCCCAACUGCGGUGGCACCAGCUUCAGAAAUUAUUCUCAACUCAUCGUCUGUGAAAUCUGAAACGAUUAACAUAACAAUCAGCUUGUUUCAUCAGUGAAUAAUCUUGUUAAGAAAUUUAAGUUUCAUCAUUCGUCAAUUUAUCACCAAACUCCAAGUUUCAUGAUGACAGGAAACUCUGAUCAUCCCAUGUCCCAACACCCGCCCACACUCACCCCGAAAAAAGAAAAAAGAAAACAAAAUGAAUUCAGCUCAUAACAAUCUGCUGCAAUUUCAACUUUUUACUCGACAAACCACUUAAGUUCAAGAAAUUUAAGUCAACAUGGCUCAAUUCUACGUUACCAACGUGAUGUUUCAAAGGAAAGGUUAGUAAAAUCACAUCAUAGAUUAGAUGGGCAUCAUAUAAUAUAGCACAUUAAACAGAGGUGCAGUUCCUCCUAUCAGGAAGGUAAGAAAUGCCUUAAAAGAGGUAAUGCUAAAGACAUUUGGAAAGUCGAGCAUCAAAAUUUUCAUAACCCUGAUGUUCAUAUAGGCUCAUCAUUUAUUUGAUCAAUUGUUAUUCCGUGGCAAUAAGGCCUUAUCUUUCAUUUCGGGUGUUGGGAGGUAAUUAACCUAGAACAAAAACAAUGCUCACUAACAAAAUGAAAUUCUUUACUCAAUAAACAUGGUUUUAAGCAUCACUAUCUUCAGGUUUAUGAAAAAACCUUUGUUAUCAUCAACAAGGUAAGGUUGCGUAUGAUAACCCUCUAAUUUGGCCUUAUUUUAUGCUUAUUCAAUGUGCAUUUCCAUGCGGUUGUUGUUACUUAUUAUUUUUAUGGGAUUUGAUCGCCCUCGUGUAGGGUAUCUUGUGUUUGCUCGUUUUUGCAGGAUCAACCACCUUUUCCCAAGCAAAGCAAGUUAGGGACGAUGCGCCCCUAGUCCCCCGGAGGUUUUGGAGAGGGAACAGAACUAAACCGAAGAUAUGAGAUAGUCCCAAGCACUCAUGUGAGGGCAAGGAGGUAAGAGGACAUUAACUUGAGCAUUUUGGAGAUUUUGAUGAGAUCGAUCGGUUGAUCCUCUGCAGUAGCAUUUCCAGAAGCAUCAUACAACAUCAUUUGGAGAUUGAUUGCUCGAUCUCUUAGGUUCAAUCAAUCAAUCAAUCUGGUGGCUUGAUUUAUGUAGAAGCAUUCCUUUGUAGAGCAAAUUGAUCGAUCGGUCGAUCUCAUUUGCUCGAUCGGUCGAUCUUGUGUCCCAUGUCUUCCAGAAGCAGCUGUUUUGAGAAGCUAAAUGGUCGAUCGGUCGAUCAUUUCAGAUCGAUCUCUUUUCGUGGAUGGGAUUUCUCUUACUUGGCGGCCCUUUACACGUCAUUCAAGGGAUUAAUCUCUGAUUUUAGGCUAAAAAGGUUUCACCGUUUUGGGAGGUGCUAUAUAAGGAGUUGUUGUAAGCAUUAAACAUUCUAAUUGUUUUUGCCCUAUUUUCAUUACUCUAGCUUUUAUUGCAUCUUGAGAUCUAGUUUUCAUUUACUAAGGAUGCUAGCUUUUAAUUUCUGCAAAUUAAUAUUUGAAAAUCACAAAAAUACUUUAGUCAAGGUUAAUUGUAGCUACUGUUCAUUAAAUCUACUAGUUUAUUGCAAGUUUGGAGUUUUUCUUCAUCAACCUUCA